CGAUUCGUUUCCCCCACGUACUUCUGCGUGGGCAAGCCGGUAGUCGGACUUCGCUGCUCGACGUCAGCGAAAGAACACAACUUGAAGUCAAUGCGGGCAACGGAGACUUGCACCUUUGUCCCAAAUCUAAUCUAAUACCUUACACGACCGCCGUUGCUACUCUUUACUCUACCAGCUACAGCACAACUCGUCGUGAACUCUGCUAGGUCGCACUCUGUGCAGAGCUACACUACUCCAUAGCUACCGCGAUUCAGACGAGUAAGAAGUGCGGGCACAGCAGAAGAAAAAAAAUGCCGCAAAAGCUCACGAUCGGAGUCUCCCAAUCUCACACCCUCAACACUCUCCAAGAAACCCUCUGGGCUCUCCGCGAGACGACCUCACUCGCGGCCCAGAAAGGCAUAUCGAUCCUCUUAUUCCCGGAGGCCUAUCUAGGCGGCUACCCACGGACCUGCUCAUUCGGCGCGGCCGUCGGGUCCCGCAGCGAUGUUGGCCGCGACCAAUUCCUAGCAUACACCAAAUCAGCAGUCGAUCUAGGGGACACACCCAGUCCCGGCGGUGCAGGCGACGACUGGAUUGAGCGGCGGUUGCCCGUGAACAAGGAAACGGGACGACGAGGCGACGGGACCCGAGAGUUUCUGGAAGAAGUGGCGCGUGAGACGGGCGUGUUUAUCGUGACUGGGGUGAUCGAGAAGGCUGGCGGCAGUCUGUUUUGUGCCGCCGUCUACGUGGACCCGAAGCGCGGCGUUGUCGGCAAGAGAAGAAAAGUCAUGCCUACCGGCUCGGAGAGACUGGUGUGGGCGCAGGGGUCACCCUCGACGCUCAAGGCGGUCGUGGCCAAUAUCAAUGGUGUCAGGGUCGUCAUGGGCACUGCUAUCUGUUGGGAGAAUUAUAUGCCCUUGCUGCGGUAUAGUCUGUACAGCCAAGGUGUGAAUCUGUGGUUGGCCCCGACCGCAGAUGCGCGGGAUACAUGGGAACCGUUGAUGAAGACGGUCGCGUGUGAAGGGCGCUGUUUUGUGCUCAGUGCCAAUCAGUGUGUUAGGAGAAAACAUUUGCCUGGCUGGAUCACUGGGACACAACAAGAUCCACAUAGCCGCCACGACGGGAGCACCACCAAGCAUCACUUUAAUGCUACCACUACUGCGUUGCCCAACGGAACUCCCGCGGGCGCCGGCGGCAGUUCUCCAGAGGUCAAGGCGGGCCGCCGAAGGUCCAUGUCGAUGCGCACAGAAGAGAACCAUGAGAUUGCAUGGAGAUGUAAAGAUGCCCCUGCCACGUCCGAAUCGGCCCCUACACCGAUAAAUGAAUCCCCCGAGACGUUCCCACGGCCGCCGCAAUCCACUGUCCAUGGCAUCUCUUCCGAUCCCAAGGGUGACGAAUUUGUCUCGGUCGGUGGUUCUUGUAUCGUCAAUCCGAUGGGCAAGACCCUUGCUGGUCCAUGUUGGGAGAAGGAGCAGGAGCUGCUCUAUACAGAGGUCGACUUCGACGAUUGCGACCGCGGUCAUUUGGAUUUUGAUGCCGCCGGACACUACGCGCGGUCGGAUGUCUUCAAACUGACCGUGGAAGGUUUGGAUCUCAUUCCCCCGCCUUGAUCGGUAAUCGGAAAGCAUUUGAUGAAGAUACUGGAUAUAGUCAUAUAGUUAAUGUCGAUGACGUGACUUCUAAGCUCUUUACACCACAAGAGCGCCAAGGGCUAUUACUGAACAAACAGGCCUUGUUGUAUGUAGGUUCUCUGUAUGUCUUGCCGCAUAAAUUACAACACCCACCAUAUCGCAAAACAUGGGAUCGUACUCAAAGAUCGGCCAGUGCCAAAGUCGGCAUUGCUCUUGUCUCAUGCGUGGACCACUAGAAGAAGCGGACAGCAUCCAGCUCAAGAUCAAUCGAUGGAAACGAUGGACCGAGCGAGGUAAGAGACGUUGAAAGGGAAAUGACGGCACAAGCACAGCGUGAAGUGAGAAAAAUAUUCGGUUCAGGAGGUCCCCUCAAAACUCUUCAUGUCAGUAUGUCAUUCGGAGGCUGUCUGGAAUAGCAGCCUAUCGCCUCUUCAUAUGGGUAUCAUCAAACAUAUACUUCAACGUGAGCAACAAAUCGCAAUCAAACACCUUCAUCAAUAAGCCACCCUCGUCCUCAUAUCGGAUAUUUUGCGUUCGAUCUCCCGAACAGAGCGAUCAAGUUCGCCGGCGAUCAUCAACUUCUUAUCGUUCGGCAGCAGGAAGAAUGUCUCGCAGAGGUCGCCAUCAAUCACGCCCUUUGAAGGUGCGUAGUAUGAGCGAUAUAUCAGAUGGUCCCGCCCAAGCAGAGGUGGAUUUCCAUUGCUUGAAGCCAGUUGCAUCUCCAGUGACUGGAAAAAGUCGACGUCUUCACGGCUGACAAAGGGCACAAGGAUCCCAAGCGUUCCUUGAAAGCCUGUCCAGAAAACCACGUCCCGACCACCCGCAACAAGA